AUGCAUGUCCGUCACGUUAAGUGGCUGCGCGGUACUGAUGUCUGUUGCUCUUUCGCCUGCAUAACUCCAUUCCAACUUUUUUUUUUUUGCCUCUGGGACUCCGAAGAAAAGAUGAAAGAGGCGGCUGACUCUUCUGCAUGGCAAAUGCCGUCGACGUCGUUAAGGUCCCAUCGCUGUGCGCCGAUCCUUUGGCUCCCAUUUUCGCUUUGCCUAGAGUGUGCCUUGGAAACACGAGUGCGUGAUUUGCAGAAGGGUGUCAAGAGUUUUGGUCCCUGCAGCAGUAGUACUAGUUACCCGGCCAAGGAUGGGGAGCAUUCCUUGGAUUCAUCAAGCGGCUUUGAAAGGCGUGUUUUUCAUGCGCUGUUGGAGAAUCCUUUUGUGCCUAUGCGCUCUCUCCGUGGGGUAUUUCCGGCCGCUACGGAGUACUACAAGGAGGAUGCCGUGCUUGAAAUGCUGAUCCAUGUCGCUUCCAAUGUCAGCGCAAUUGUUGCUUCACCGUGGGCAGAAAUGGAGGCCCACAAAAGUGUUGCCGCCGUGAUAGUGGUCCUCAACUGCCACGACUACGAGCCUUGUCAAGCCCUCACGGCACUGAAGUUGGUCUUUCAGCGGUACUUUAAUGGGUGUACAUGUCGCUGUAUCGUGUUGGAUCCGACGGCGGAGGCACAAGCAGCCAUGUCACAGCACGUCUUUCUUCCCGCUCACUCAUACUCGCCGGCGGAGGAUGUGGCGCGGUACCUGUUGACGGAAAUUGCCCUCUCAAUAGUGCAACAGGUAAACGCCCAAAUCGUCUCUCUUAGCGCCUCGGUGGAAAAUGUGGCACCUGCGAAAUGGCCCACCACUGAGAAUGCUGGCACGACAAAUGGAGGUGGUGAAGUUCCUACAGCCCGUGUUGUAAAUUCCCGUUUGGCGAAAAAGAGGGGAGACCUUCUUUUACGUGUGGGUGCAUUAGACGCCGCUCUACUCGCCUAUCACGACUCACUACCCGAGGCGGAUGCACUGUGGUGCUCAGCAACAUUGGAAUCCCUUGCGUCCCUACGUUACCUGCAACGAGCCCCAUUGCUCGAUUUCACAACGGCAGUGGAGGGCGUUUUCUCUUCUCUCGAAAGUGAUGCAACGGUGUGGAAUGAAGAUAUGAAUACCACUUUGAAUCAAUUGGAAAUUAUCGUGGAAAACGUGCGAAUGGAUCAGCGUAAGGCAACUUCUCUGCUGAAACACAGUUUACCAGCCACGUCACUUAACCGUAGACUGCCCAGAGAGGUGGAGGAACCUCUAUCAACCCAUAUUGAAAACUUUCGGCGGCAGGUUGCGAUAAUACGUCGCUUCUUUCAAGAAGAUAACACGGAGGAGGUAGGUAUUUGCGUUGAAGAUGCCUGUAAGAACGCACGUGGAGCGUUUAAAGAGAUCCUUCACGUGAGUUUUGUGGAGUUGCAAAUUUACCUUCAGGAAGCAUUGCAGCAGCUACGCUCUGUUCCAGGGUCGGUGUUCGGUUUGCAGGAGCGAGAGGCGACAAUCCAACUUAAGCGUGCAGAACUUUUUGCAGAAGAGGGGGAUAAACGAAAAUUCCUGGAAUCUCUAACGGUUCUGAAGGCAGCGGCAAAGAGCGCCCCGGCGUCGAUGCAGCAAUACCUGCGGUGGCGGAUCCCAUACUUGAGUUCUCUCUCUGGUUGCUGGCGAAAGGCCAUUUUUAACGUUGUUGAGGCUGCUGUCUCGGAGCAGCAGGCAAAUGCCCAUGGCGCCUCUGUUUGUUUGCUGUUGCGUGCGUGUAGAAUGGCCGGCAUCUCUCUUCCACGGAUGGAGUUUCAAGAUCCGACAACAGAAGGAUAUUUUCUAUCUCGGGAAAAAAUAGGGAAUUCCUAUGCUGUGGAUAACGAAAAGGGUGAGACAGGAACUACGGGAAAUCGGGCCCAUCGGGCCCAGGACGUGCCGCCACUGAUGCAACUUCUUUACGCCGUGACAAGGGCUGGUUUGGAUACUGGCAUGCAAAAUGUCGUGGCGUCUCUUCUUCUCUUUGAAUAUUACCCCAUCCUCCGUCGUGAGAUACAACAGAAGCUGAUGGACAUUCUGGAGCAAAGUAACACGUUGAUAGAACCUCUCACGUUGUCGCCACCUCCGUUGUUGCAAAGCAUGGAGGUACUCCCGCUACCACCCCAUUUAGCACCGAAAACCGUUCCUCUAAGUGGUGCCCAUUUCACCUUUAUUGAUACCGGACGGCUGAAAAUGACAGUUCUCACAUUGAAUGGAAAGAUUUUGCCGCCGGGACAAGUGGUGUGGUCUGUUGGAACUGUGGGUGAAGUGCAGUUGGUUUUAAAGAAUCCACUUCGACUAGAUGUGCAGUUAACAUCCAUCGCACUUCAUUGUCGUUCUGUGGAGAAGUUGGAUGAUCUCGGACGUGUUAGCGAUGAUACCGUAGGGCAUGUAUUUGGGCCUCUUGCCCCGUCAAGUUAUCUGGUGACAGGUGUGAUUCUUCCGUCGCUGUCACAACGUCAAUUGCGCCUUCAGGUACAACCGAAUAUGCGCGGUUAUCUUGUGGUGGAUGGUGUGGAGAUUCGUCUCGGGCAGCUUUCUCUCUGCUCAACCUUUCUUAUGCCGUCGCCAACCCCCACCAUUAUUCCCGUCCUGCAGCGACUUCCUGACGUUUCAUGUACGCUGGGAGUCAAUGAGGUGGAAAUUUUUGGGGGUCAGACAAUUCAUUUUCCGCUCUACCUAACGAAUGCCGGCAUGGUGACGAUAGAAAAACUUUAUCUUACAGCACAUGAUGAGUCGUGUCAGUUGGAAUCGUGCACUGGAUGCAAGGAAAGAGUGAGUACCGCAUCCCUCUACGUCAUGCUUGAAUACGAUUCCCUACCGAAGAAGGGAAAUUCGCAUUGCCUGUACCCUGGCGAUAUCCUUCCGGUGAAAGUGACGAUGGUUGCCCCAGCUGACAAUGACCAUGUAGUUUUUCAAAAGGUCGUGUUCCGCACCACUAUAGAACUACCAUAUGAUCCACCUGUUACCCCAGAAAAUGUCCCCAAUGCUGUUCCUGUUUUUGCAGUUAUCCCCCGCCGUGUUCAGGAAACAAAUCUUCGAGUCUUUCAUGUUCCCAGUGUUGCUGUCACCUCUCUUGAGCUCUCACGGGAUCGGCGUUAUGUUGAAAUUACGGUAAAAAACAAGAGCAAGUUGCAUACCAUUGAAAUUCUUUGUAGUCAGUUGUUCUUCGCCUCCAUCCCUGACGCGAUGAUUGUGGCAGGUGCGGAGUAUCUCAUUCCACCCAUAGAAAUUACAAAGAUUCCAUCGAAUAUGCGUCGGUUUCCACUUCCGUGGGCGGUGCGAGAACUUCCAGAGUGCCGCGGUGAACUGGCUCUGGACUUUUCAAUCCUUGAAAAUGUGUUGGUGAGCAUGGAGCCAUUGGAAGAUGUUGUGGUUUGCAUUAUGGUUUCCGCGGAUGAUGGGAGUGGUGUAGUAUCUUCCAAAGGCGAGUGGCGAAGUGGACCCGCCUCGACAAGUCAGUUCCCCUUCAAGCUACCAGUGAUGAAGCCUGCGACAAUACUUGUGCAUGCUAGCGCACCGUGGAAGCGGGCUGUGCCGCUUCGUGUUCGCCUCUCCAUGGAAAACCACCUGGACGCUGAAAUUCUAAGUGGUCCGGUGGAUACAACUAGCAUUGUCGGUGGCGGCACCAAAAUUACUACUGAUGUGGGCAACAGCGGCGGAACCAAUGGGGAUGAGCAGAAUGAAAAUGAUGGUGUCAGGUGUUACGAGGAGAGUAUUGAAUUUUUUCCUUUUAAGGUGGGGGAGCAUGUCUUGACCAUCACGCUUUCAGACCUUGAUGAACGUGAGAUGACGUACACGGUGAAGCUGCAGGUUGAGCACCUCUAG